GGAGAAACUGAAACUUGGCUUGCUGGGGGCGGAUUGGCCACUGGGGAUUUAAAGAGCUGCCACUUCCUUGGGCCCCCAGAGGGCACUGGGAGGUCACAGUGGCUGAGGGACACCCGGUGCAGGGUGUGAGUCUCUGUCUCCCUGCAGAAGCCAUGCACCUCUGUGGGGACAGUGGGCUGCUGACUGGGACGGACCCUGAGGAGAAUCAGAAACAGCUGAAGAAGAAACAGAAGAACCGAGUGGCUGCCCAACGCAGCCGGCAGAAGCACACAGACAAGGCCGAUGCCCUGCACCAGCAGCAGGAGUCACUGGAGAAACAUAACCACGCCCUGCAAAAGGAGAUCCAGGCCCUGCGGGCUGAGCUGGUGUGGUGGACUCAGACCCUGCACAUGCAUCAGCGCCUGUGCCUGAUGGGCUGUGCCUCCUGCCCGGCUCCGGAGACCCCGGGAUGCUGGGGCCAGGGCGAGUGGCCCCCGGGCCCCGGGCCCCAUGGACAGCAUGACUGCCAAGAGCAGCUAGGUCUAUUCCAGACCCCGGUCUCCUCUCCCUCAGCUCUGCAACUCUCUUCAGAUCUGCAGCCUCAUGGUUCCCCUGGCCUCCUCCUGUCCCCUCUCCCCUCACUGGCCCUUGGCCCCACAGCAGUCACCACAGCUCCUGCCCAAGUCUCCCCUAGCCCUGUCCAGUCGGCCUCACCCACCAGCACCAGCUUGCGGAGGCCUUCCUCCCAGCUCAGUGCUCUCCUGCCCAGUCCCCCGGCCCAGUCUGGCCCUCCACAACCCCUCGGGGUGGAACACCCCACUGGGGCAAAGAUGGGGUCCUCACCCCACAGUGCCUUGGCCACUCUGGGCCUGGCCUGUCUGCAGGGCAGGGAGUGCAAACCUGAACCCUCAGCAGCAGACGGGCCAGGCCUGGGUGUGUCCCGCCUCCCCCAGCCCUUCCUGGUCUUCCCCCUGCUCUCCUCUGCCCAAGUCCACUUCUAACCUGGCCCCUGGUGCUGGGCUGGUCCCCUCCUGGUUCUCAGGAAGCAGCGUCAGCACCCAAGCAGCUCCUCUGGUGCCACUGGGGGCUUUUCUUCUUGGCUUGUCAACUGGCCCAGUGUUUCACCAGGGAAAGAAAGCCGUCACUGCAUGCCUCCCACUCCGCCAGGCCCUGCCACCACUACCAUCUUAUUUCAACUUCAUGGUCAUCCUGCAAAACCCAGAUUAUCACUCCACCUUUUCAGAUAAGGAGACUGAGGCUCAGAGAAGCCAAGUGACUUGUCCAAGGUUACACAGUCUUUGGACACCACCAUCUGCUCUUCCUUCUGAUGGGACCCUGGCCCAGGCACCCAAGGGGCUGAAGUCCUGGAAACUGAGAGCUGGUGUGAGAAGGUUUAGGCGCUGGGAAUGGGGAGGGGCUCGCUCUUCUGAUUUGUCGUUCCCAGGGCCACAGAGCCCUGUAGUCCCUGACACCUCGCCCUAGCUGGGCCUGGUCCAGAGUCCAAGCCUGGUGGGGGGAGAGGCCAGGCAGGGCCCAGAAGUGGACUCUUUCUUCCCCUAGAAGAGUUUUCAGUGCCAAGGAACAGAACCUGUAGACGAGUUGGGAAAAGCCUGGAACAGUCCCUCCUGGGAUUUCUACAGGAGGGGCACCUAUGGCCAUACCAAGACCUCAGGGGCAGGCUCAGCUCUCAGCUCUCAGCUCUGUUCCCAAACAGCUCCCUGCCCACUCCCCCACCCCAAGGCCAUGGCUGAUGCUCUCCUGGAAGCCAUUUUUCAUGCCCACAAGGGAAGAAUGAGGGAAGGGCCAGGAGUAAGGUCAUGCUGGCAGCAGUGAGACCUGUAUUUCUCUGGUAACCCCCGCCCUUCCUCGUGCGACCCCCAAGCCCCAUCACCCAUGGGCCCCUCUGAGCAGUGCCCCUCACUGUUCUUUGGCCCAGCGGCAGCUGGCAGAGCAGGGGCCCAGCACCGGCUGGGGCUUAGCUGCAGUGUCUGCUCUGAGGCUGGGGCUGCGUGGUCUCACUCACACUCAGGACAAGCUCUCCAAGGGGCACAAGGUGAAAAAUGCCAACUCUUCACCCAAAUUUUCACACCGUGUAAGCAGACACUCUGCCAGUAGUUGACACACUCCAGAAUGCUGAGCACAGGUCUUGGCACAUGUGUUAUUUUAAAUAAACUAAAGUGUUUUCCUAGC